AAGAUCGACGCCAGCCAGUGCUUGAGAACCUACACGUGAUACACGCCCGCAUCCACGAUACGAUCGCUGCCUGAUCUCUUGGCAAUAUUCAAGUUUAUCGCAACUGGCGAGUCGGCGGACGGAAUUUACAAGACAUCAAGGCCCCGGAACUGGUCUACUGAGAUGAGGUCUAUCGAGGAGACCCGUGGGCUUUCCACGUUGGAAGCCGAAUUCGAAAAUACGUUCUGCAAGAAUCGCCCGGAGUUUUCCGGCAUGUUCAAGGCCUGGGACAUGGCGAGUGACAUCCAGAUGGCCCGGCACGCCCUGGCGAUGAUCUAUAGCAUCAAAAGAGGCAACAAGCCCAAGGCCUCGGCCCUGCCCUACAAGACGCACGACGUCCGGGUCCCCGUCCGGGACGGCACCACGAUCCCAGCCCGCAUAUACACGCCGAAGAAUAAGCGGUCACCGCCACGCGGGCGGCCCUGCAUGUACAUCUGCCACGCCGGGGACUACGUGGUCGGCGAGUUCGACACCGAGGAGUGGCUGUGCGAGGCGUUUGUGGCCAUGGGAGGGGUCGCCGUGGAUGUCCUCUAUCGCCAUGCACCCGAGCACGUGUUCCCGAUACAGGUCCACGACAGCUAUGAUGGCCUCAGGUGGCUUGCGCAGAACUACGCCAGUUUGGACAUAGAUCCAACCAGGGGUUUUCUAAUCGCCGGCGAGGGCAACGGGGCAGAUAUAGCCCUCGCUAUUGCCCACCUGUACGCCGAUGAGGCGUUGUCACCACCCCUGACCGGGCUAUAUAUCGCUGCCCCCCAGGCGAUGAUCCCGGAAAUUGUCCCCAAGCAAUAUCGCGACCACUUCUUCAGCAUCGAGCAGAACGCAAACGUGCCAUUAUUAUCGGCCGAGAGCCUGAAGUUCAUUCGUUCUGUGUACAAGCCAGAUCCCACGAGCCCUCUGGCGUACCCCAUUGCGUUCCCAGACCACUCUAAAAUGCCAAAGACCUACUUCCAGGUCUGCGGUUUCGACCCCACGCGAGACUGCGGCCUGAUACUGGAGCAAGUAUGGAAGGAUUGCGGCAUCGAAACCAAAACAGACGUUUUUGCGGGUCUCCCUCAUCGCUUCUGGGCGUCGCUAAUCCACGCCAGAUUCACCAAGAAGCACGCUGAAAUGUCUAGGGACGGCCUCUCUUGGCUUCUGGGGGUGGAGCGUAAGAAUGGUUGAAGAUGGUGGGACUUACUCAAUAUGGCGUUGGGACUAUGGUAUUUUCCCUGACAGCUUCGGUCGUUUGACUGGGUUAAUCCAGUUCUUAAUGAGCAAGAAAAAGUCGGGAAUUAUCAGAGCCCAGGAGAUGCAGGAUAAAGCAGGAAGAUUGGAGGGGAAACCGGACGAUGGCUUCCAGCGUUUAGCACAAGUAAUCGGAAAUCAAGUUCAAGUAAGGCAAGCAAGUCAAAUCAAGUUAGACUACUUGUAAGUUGAGCAAAAGUCGUUACGUACUUGCCUAACUUGGUAAGUAAUAUAGGAUUUAUUGAUGAGCUUGUCUUUGCGGGUAGGGGCAUUCAGCUAUUCAGGAAGGGGCAUUUAACUGUCACGGCAGGGGCAAUUAGGUAUUUGGGCAGGGGCAUUCAGCUAUUUAGGCAGGGGCAUUUAACUGUUAAGGCAAGG